AUGAGACGCUGUGACAACGUUUACAACGGUUUUAAGUGCCUCAAGUGUGGACUGUGGUUUUGCCGGAAUUAUCUCUUUGAACAGCACAACCGUCGUGUGCACAACCAUCUGGGCGAUUUCAUUGUCCUGCCGGCCCUUUCCCCCGAAACGCUGCUGUACUUGAACGAAACCAAGGAAACACCGUUCGCGAUCAUGCACAUUCCGACAAGCGAGAAUCGGCUGCUGAUGCGGUUAACCAACGUCGAAACUCACUGCACGGCUAGGAUAGCGACAGAAGCGGACUUACUGCAACACCGCACGAAGCAGGAUAAUGAGGCGGUCGAGAUGAUAGGGAUUGCCAUCGUGCUCGAUAUCUAUCCGAACCGGGACCGUACGGGGACAGUGAGCUAUGGUAUUGUGUCGAGAAUUAAUGCAAAGCUGCUCCAAACCAGAUUCUUCUGCAAACCACCGCAGCACACGAAACAGAAUACCAAUCGCAUCGGUUACAGUUCAGCGGCACAUGUGAGAUCUCCCCAUACAUUGACCCACAACAAUCAUUCGCUGGAUGGAGGCGGCGUAUUUCAACAUUCUCAUAAUCCCUUUUGCGAUGAACUCGAGAGGCUGACCAGUUUACUGUGA